AAAGAAGACAAAGAGACUGUAGAAGAUUCAGAGAGAGAGAGAGAGAGAGAGAGCGAGAGCAUAAUAGCCAUUUUUGGUGCGGAGGUUUUCCGGCGACGGGAGCUUUUUCUUUCUUUCGUUUUCCGUACAAAUGGCGCCGCGUAAGAGCAAGGUUAGCGGAGAAGACAAGGGGAAAUCUGUGGCGGUUACGUCGACGAGGCAGACUCGGAGCAUGGAUCGGCAGACUCGUAGCCAAACUCAGCGACGCGGUGGUAACUCGUCUGGUUCUUCUUCCUCCAAGCUCAUGAAGUUCGAAUCUCCCGAGAAGAAGAAAAGGAAGACGAAAGCGAAGGAAGGUGGAUCGGCGAAGAAGAAGGCCAAGAAAGAAGAGGAGGCAGCUGUUGAAGUCAAGACGGAGGAUGAAGAAUCGGCGAAGGAAGACGAUGUUGCUGCAGAUGAAGACGACUCCGAGAAAAAGAAGAUUGUGAUUGAGCACUGCAACCAAUGCAAAUCAUUCAAGGAGAGAGCUAACGAGGUGAAGGAAGGCCUUGAGAUCGCUGUUCCUGGCAUCUUAGUGACCGUGAAUGCUGUGAAGCCAAGGCGUGGUUGCUUUGAGAUUCGAGAGGAAGGCGGCGAAACAUUUGUCAGUCUUUUGGAUAUGAAGCGCCCAUUUACACAGAUGAAGGAACUUAACAUGGAAGAGGUCAUUGCGAACAUCGUAGAGAGGAUUAAAUGACAGGCUGCACAUUCUACCAAUGCCGAAUCAUUUGUUUUCUUCCUCGGCAUAAUCAAACAGGCUUAUUCAGUAUCUAACUGUCUUAGAGCAACUGCAAGAUUUUUAGGUUUAUUCUUGAUGUUUUGGUAAAACUCUCUAAAGCACGGCUUCGUCAUUUUUGCAGUGCUUGAUCGGUUUUGUGCAGUUUCUUUAUGCUAAAACUUUCU